UGAAUGUUUCAUAAUAAUUGUUCCAUUUUCAUAAAAAGAAUCGCAGGGAGGAAAAAGGGCUCCUUCAUUUCAUGUGACAGUUCAUAAUGGACAUAGAUGUUGGAAAAUUUCGGGAAAUUGGGAAAAUUUCCAAGGUGUACAGUUAAGAAAAUGUAAAUAUGUGGUCGAAGAUUUCAACACCGAACGUCUUCUAGGAAUUGCUGUUAAGGAUGAAUCACUAAAAUCAAAAAUUUACAUUGAAAAUGGAGGAAAACUGCACAAUGAAUUUUGUGUGUUCAGAGUUAUCAUCUACAUUAUUUCAAAAACUGUAUGACCAAAAGAAAUCUAGUCGUUUUUGCGAUAUAACGUUAUAUGUAAACAAUAAGAUUAUUAAAGCUCAUCGUAUUGUCUUAGCAUGUAGCUCACCUUACUUCAAUUCCAUAUUGAAGCAUCAUAAAAUAAUGAGGGAACAGUUAACGAUAAACUGUUUGAAUAGUGAAAUAUUUAAUUCGAUAGUGAAUUACAUGUAUACUGGAGAAAUAAUGGUGGAGCAUUCAAAUGUGGAAGAACUCCUUAAGUUAGCUGAUCAUUUUGUAUUAAACAAAGUUAUAGAAUACUGCAUUGAGUUCUUAGGAACAAAAUUGAAUAUAGAUAAUUGUCUCUUCACAUACUUUUUGACAAAAAGGUUCAAAUUGAAACAUCUUGGAAAUAUAGUGGAAAACUGGAUCGUUACGCAUAUUGAUGAAGUUUGUAAAGGUGAAGAGAUUAUGCAGUUAGCGUCCUUCCAACUAAAAGACUUUUUCGAAACUAAGUGUUUUAUGUUAUCAACUACAAAAGCCCUUACAGUACUUUCACAAUGGGUGUUAGUAGAUGUGGAGAAGAGAGAAAAGGAAUUUGACAGGCUUAUCAAAUGCUUCCCAACCCAUGUUCUAGAACCUGUAGAAGUCUUCAAACAUUUAGACACCUGCAUUUUAUAUAACAGAAGUGAUCUAUGUACUUAUCGAUUUUUAGAUUAUUUGUUUCAGAAUAAUUGGAUGUUGUCCAAUUUCAAGACUAGAUACGAUGCUUUACACCCCAGAUUCGGUCAAACACCUCCAGAAAAGGGAAAUGAACCGAACUCGAAAUCGGAAAAAGUUAACGUUAGUGAAAAACCAGAAGCUCUUCCUCAAAAUCAAAUAAUGCCGGUUAGAGUGAAACUGAGGUUGAAGAAUAGAAAACAAUUAAUACUCAAGAAGUUGAUGCUUUUUGGAUUAAGGCCAAGUUUACGAAUAGCAGCGUUGAAAAUGCUCAGCUGCAAGAAAAAUAAAUAUAUUUUGAAAGAAUUGGAGGAAGAGGCAGAAGAAAAUACUGAGGAAAAAAUUGGAAUUAAGUGUCCGAUUUGUUUCGCUUCAAUAAACGAUAGUUUGUUGUUGGAACAACACUUAGCCUUGAGCCACUCUAAAGAUGUGACAUAUAAAUGUGGAAUUUGUUCUUUUGUUUGUCAGUAUCACGGGGACUAUUUGAACCACAUGAAGACACAUUUCAGUGGACCACCUUUCAAAUGUGAUUAUUGUGAAACAACUACGGACCAAAUAUCGAAACUGAUAGCGCAUCGUUCUCAACAUCUUGAGGAAUCGAUAUUUCAAUGCACCUUUUGCUCUUUCAAAUGCCGUCAGAAACAGAACUUCGUGUCGCACCUCAAAGUUCACACUCCAGAAAAGUCCUAUAAAUGUGACAGCUGCACUAAAACUUUCCGUUUCAAACAGAGUCUUGAGACCCAUAUGUUGACUCACACCAAUGAGAAAACACUGACUUGUGAUAGCUGUGGCUUCCAUACGAAAUUUUUAAGCCAUAUGAUCGCACAUAAAAGAAUUCACGCAGGAGACUUAUAUCGUUGUUCUUAUCUUCAUUGUAAGUAUUCAACGUCGAAAAAAAAUCAGUUAGCUAGUCAUGUUAAGAGCCAUAACGGUGUUAGGCCUCAUUCUUGCGGUAUUUGUGGACGUGGUUUCAUGGAAAAAUCGCAUCUUGUUCGCCAUGAAAGAAUCCAUCUGGAGGAGAAGCCGUUUAAGUGCUCUAACUGCGACUAUGCAAGUUCGAGAAGGGACAAACUGAAAGAGCAUUUCACAAGACAUCAUGGAGAGAAUGCCUCAGCUAAAGUUCCUUACAAGGCUCGUCCAAUGAGGAAUAACAACAAUAUCAGCUCUACUAGGCCUAAAUCACAGGCCAAUUCCGAUUCCCCCACUUCUACGAAUUCCAACGGCAUAAAUUUCUCACAGUCAACGAACACAACUUCUUCGAAUGGAUCCCAACCUUUGAAUAGCGAAAUUCAGGAUCUCAUAAUGCACCAUCAGAGCCAUCCUUCGUCUUCAGCAGGAAAUAAUCUUCCAACCUUGAACUCCAACUACCACCACUUCGCUGAUCCGGCCGAUUUCCAUCACCACAAUCACUCCCACAAUUUGCAUAACCAAAUCUUGAACACGGGACAUAAUCAACGGGGAUCUCAGCAUCACAAUAAUAAUCUUGUGAAUCACCAUAUGCUUUCCAGGGCCAAUCACUCGACGGCAACUUCAACUGCAGCAGCUGUUGCAGCAGCCAUGAUGCUGGAUCCACGAUUUCAUCAUAAUUCUUCUGUACCCUAUCAUCCAUCCAGCACUCCAGUGUCUAUGGCAAUGGCUGCUGUACAAUCUUCCCAACAAAUUCAGUCUUCAGGACAGCAUGGAGAAUAUCCUCCCUCCCUCCAGAACUGCAUGACCUUAUUCUAAUCAUGAUAAAAUUUAAAUCAAUUUUAUGUUAUAUGUAUUCUGGUAGAUACAGAUAAUAAUGAUGUGUUUGUUGAAUAUUUUCUAUAGAUAUCUCUUACCUUUGUUGAUGUUCUCGAUAUGAAAAUUCGUUUAAAAUUUAUGUUAAUAAAGUAUAAAAUUUU